AAACUACUUGUAUUCAAAGCAGAGAUCCCCCAACUCUUGCCAACUGGCAGCGUGUUGCACUAAGAGAAGACUGAAUGAAGUGCCGCGCGGCAAGAGGCAUCCGUAUACUGUAAUGUAAAUGCCUACACGCCGUCACAGUAGCAUAAAUAGCUAGUCACUCAGCCCACACGUCAGUGAUUCGUGAGCCCCUCCGCGGUCAGGAAUCCAGCGCUCACGAUUGCAUUACUGGGCCAGUGGUUAGACUGGUUGCCUGGGCUACGAUAUCCUCUACAUCAAGACGUGUUGCGCGACAAUUUGAAUCCUCAUUACCAGUCCCAUUACCUCGGACUGGCAGCCGUGCAUUCAGCCCUCGGCAUUUUCAUGCUACUAGCUGAAUAGCUGCAGCGCCCGUUACCUUGGCGCACGAAACAGUGUGGACGAGCUGUUUGAUUGCAGUCCGUCCUUUGGGUGCCUUCCGCUUCGGCGGGCACAUCGCUGGUUGUUUUACCAGUCAAAUCAUCCCACAUGUUUGCGGCACGCACUGCGCUCACCACGAUCGCUGGCCGGGCAGCCCACACCGGGCAGGCCGCAACACACCCACAAUCUCACAUUACGCAGUCACAGCAACAACAAAUCCUGACCACCGCUGACCCGGGGCACGACCAGCUCUCUGCCGCGCCCUCGGCAUCGCUGUCGCUAUCGCCCGCGGCAAGCCUUUACGCGCCAGACGGCUCCGCCGCCUCUCCACACGGCGAAGCUGCCUGCAGCGCUGCCCCCGUUCUUCCACUCGAGGGCGAGCUCGCGGCUUUCAGCGCCGUCGUCUCGCCCUACCGAAUCAGCGGCAGCGGCACCGGCGCCACCGGCAGUCUUGGCGGCGUUGUAGGGCCGGGCGGUGAUGGGCAAGGCCAGGCAGCCGUCGCGGGCGCUGCCACUUCUGAACAGCGCCCUCCACAGCAUCUGCUGACGUGUGCAGCAGCAGCCGCAGCCACCACCACUGCACCGCAGCAAUCGUCGGAGCGCUCACGCCAGGGCGUCGCGGCGGCCCCGUCUUCCGCGACCCACGUGUCGGAGGCUUCCGCCGCUGAGCCUGCUGUCCCCGCCGCACCCGCUGCCGGCACCUCGGGUACCUACUCGAGGAACACAUCCACGUCGGCGCCCACCGCCGCCUCCACCUCCACCGCCUCGGCCUGCUCUGCGGCAUCGCCCACCUCACCCAGCACCUCCGCCCGCCCACCCGUUCAACAGCCCCACCGCCCGCCAUACCAGCCGCACGCCCUGCCGAACCACAGCGGCGCCGCAGCUGCCACAGGACCCGCCGCGUCACCGGGCGCGGUUGGUGGGCCUGCGGCUGAGGCCGAGGCCGCGGCGCAGGGUACGGCGACAGGUGCGGACGGCACCGGCAGCCGUGCCGCUUCAGCAGGGAGCUACGCUGCGGUGACCGGACCCGUAGGUGCGACAAGCAGCUUCAGCGGCGAGCAAGGCGCGAGUGUUGGUGUUGGUGUUGAUGGAGGCGGAGGCGAAGGCGACUCUGCGCUGCCAGUUGCCGGCGCGACAGCGUCAGCGGCGGCAGCCGGCGAGACAGUGACAGCGGCAGCCAGCACCCCGCCUAUUCUGCCUGCUGCCCACCCACAUCAUUCCUGUCAGCAACACCACCAGCACCACCCUCAACACGAACACCAGCACCACCAGCACGCCGGCCUUCACAGCCGGCUGCACGCCCCGGUGCCGCCGGUCCUUGCUCACCUCAGCGCCCAGUCACUCAGCGCCCAACACCCACACCAACACCAUCAUCAGGACCAAUGCCAUCAUCAGGACCAGCAGCACAACCCGCAUCAGCAACACCAGCAGCACCCGCACCAGCAGCACCAACAGGCGCCGCCGCUGCCGCCAUUGUCGCCAGCGCCGGCACCGCAGCCUUCCACUUACAGCCCGCGGCGGCUCGCAAACGGCGUCCGCUCCGACGGCCCCUCCGGCGCGGCCAUGGCCGUCCAGGGCAUCCAACCCUGGCAACCCUCAGAGGACGAGGAAGUGAUUGCGCCGCUGCUCGGCGCACCGGGCGGCGCUGUCGGUGUCGGCUGCGUCGGCGGCCGGGCGUCAGCCCUGGACAGCUUCCGUCGCAGCUACCGCGUCGUGAGACGUGCCACGGGUGCUGCGACCGUGCCGAUGGCGAGCCCGUUCGCGGCCGGCGCUGCGGCGGCUGGGCGCAGCCUUGCAGCGGCGGCACCAGCCACUGCGCCGCCCUCCGUACCCACCUCGUUGUUGCAGCCGCAGUCGCAGCAGCAGUCGCAGCCGCAGCCGCAGCCGCAGCAGCCGCAGUCGCAGCAGUCGCAGCAGUCGCAGCAGUCGCAGUCGCAGCAGCAGCAGCAGCAGCAGCAGCAGCCGUUGGGCCGUGUCUCGUCCUCGGGAACGUCAACGGGAUCGCUGUUGGGGGACCGCGCGAACAGCAGUAGCCAGCUACUGCUGCAGCAGCAGCUGCACUCCAUUGACGCCAUCCAUCAGGUGUUCGGUAGCAGCCGGCUGGCAAGCGAUGGGGACCCGCGCGCGCCCAACCAAAAGCUGAUUGCGGCAGUCGCAGGCACCGGUCUGGCGCCGUGGGAGAUCCACAGGCCCCAGAAGUUCGUUCGCGACCUAGUGUUGCGCGGCUGCUUCUCGGGGCGCGUGCUGGACGCGGGCUGCGGCAUCGGCGACAAUGCGCUGUUCAUCGCACAAGCCUGCCCGCAGGCGCACGUCACGGCGGUGGACGUGGUGCCGCGCUGCCUGGACUUCGCGCACACCAAGGCCGGCCUGCGCGGCCUGCCCGCCUCCCGCCUGGAGCUGGCGCUGGCUGACCUGCGGCAGCCUGACAGCCUGCCAGACACCCUAACCGCCACCACAACCACCACCGCAACCACCACAACCACCACACACGGCGACACCGGCGACGCCGGUGCUCCCGAUACUGCGUCCGGUACGGCAUCCGCACCGCCGCUGUACGACGUGGUUCUGGAUUCGUGCACCUUCCACAGCUUCACUGACGGGGACCAGAAGGCGUACUUGUCCUGCCUGCGGCGGCUGCUGCGCCCCGGCGGCCUCCUGUUCAUAGGUUGCAUGAGUGAGGCGGAGACGCGGCCCGGCGGGCCCAGACGCGUUUCGGAGGCGGAGUUGCGGAGUGUGGCGCACCCCGGCACCGGCUGGCAGGUGGAGGACGUGGAGGAGACCCACUUGGAGCUGCACCCAACCUUCUGGGGUGGACGCGCGCCGGCUCACCUGUUUACAGUGCGGCGGCUGUAGUGGCGCGGCGUAUUGAGGCGUGGUGCAGCUGUAGCAAUGCAGCUGUAGCAAUGCAGCUGUGGCAAUGCAGCUGUGGCAAUGCAGCUGUGGCAAUGCAGCUGUGGCAAUGCAGCUGGAGCAGUGCAGCUGGAGCAAUGCAGCUGUGGCAAUGCAGCUGGAGCAAUGCGGCUGGCGCAGUGCAGCUGGAGCAGUGCAGCUGUGGCAGUGCAGCUGGCGUGGCCCGGCCGGAGCGGUGGCCGGUGAUGCAGCCGCUGCAAGGCGAAGGGCAGCAGUGCAGCACCCUUGCGACUGAAAACCGUUACUUGUGACUGAGAACCCUGUCCAUCAUGACAACAAUGAAUGAGCUACGGUCUUUUGAGUUGAUGCAUCUUCGUUUUGGCCGGCACGACUCGCUGCGGCUCAUGUCGGGGACUGGCAUGUGAAAUGCGUAAAGCCUACGAGUGUACUGGUACUACACUGGUAGUAUAACAUUUUUACUCAAGCGCUCGUAAGCAGGUGUUGGUGAAAUUGUUUCUCCGGGGGUCAUUCAUUGCGCGCUACUGGCAUGCACGGGUCUUUCGGGACCCGUGUGGUAUGAGGUGUUCGGAAUCUUGGUUUGACUACUGGCGCUUCCCGUCAGGACGUGUGCUGUCAGCGCGUGCAUGCAGUUAUGCUUGAACGAAUGCAUUUUGGAUGCAUACACCUACUGACAUACGGCCUACUACGUGUGUCUUGAUGCGCAGCGCCUUGCAGCUGGCUGCGUCAAUUCGUGGUGCAGGGCAAUAGGAACUGGGACGCCUGGACACACAGGCUUCUCAGUUUCCUCUGGCCAGGAAGAUUUGAUAGCUGAGGCGAGGUGCUGUGUGGUUGCCGAAGAAGUGUGUGGCUGUUUAAGAAGUGCCGAGCAGGGCUCAGCGCUAUCAAAGCAUGUACGUGGCCACAUCAUGUUUAUCCGGAACCCAGGCCGGAACGCCGUGCCGGAAAGGGCCGGAACGCGGUGCACCGGACGAGACCUGACGGGAACCCAAUCGCUAGCAUGAUGGUUAGCGGCAGACGUAGCAAGAAUAGCUAACUGCGCAUCCCAUUUUCCCAGGCCACUGCUCCGGGAACACGGCGCUGCGUGAGUGCCGGUGCCAUGCAAGCAGGGGGGCGGCGGAACGUCCUUUUCCGGCACCCGAAUGGGGCAGAGAUGCGCAACCCCGAAACGAAGGGGGUUGCAAAGAUUGGUUGAGAGAUGUGGGGAUAAAGUGUCGGGCGUAUUGGGCCGCACGUCAUGACCAUCGGGGACUACAGCCAAGCCCAAAGGAUACGUAGGCUGUCAAAGUUGCAGGUGGCACCUUGGGUGGCACGCUGACGCCCCUGAGAUCUUGAGCAGGAAGUCCCUACUGCUGCGUGUUCGUGAGCUGCGUCAGCGUGUCCCCCGUGUAACCAUGGGAACGCACCCUUCCCAACCUGUA